CGGGUGUGGGAAGGGGGACAAUGGGGGCAGGAGACCAAAGUUAGGGCUGUUGAGGUCUACCUGGAGGUCUCCAGUGGAACGCCCUCUGUACUAUUUCGACUGCCAAGUGGACGGAGGGCUGGAGACGGCCUGCUGGUCAGUGACAGGCUAAAGCGCUGGAGGACACCGAGCUUCUCCCCUAAGCCAAAGCCCGUGUUUUAAACAUUGCUGGGCUUGCAGCGCGCUCCUAUGGGAGCCAGUAACUGAAAUUGAAGCUAAGGGCCCCCCCAUCCCCAAAGGGCAACGGAGCCCUGCGGGGUGGCGUGAAUGGACUGUAACGCAUGACAGAGGAGGAAACCGGGGGAAUCGUGGAAAGGAAGUCGUCCAAGAAAGGCAUGCGCUAAAAUGGACUGUUCCCAUUCGGUGAGAGCCCAUGGAACAGCCCAAGUCCUCCUCUGGUAACCUGGACACGUCUCCCCAGCGACUUGUCCGGCCCGGGAGACGAGACCCCCAGGGAUUUUUCAAUAGUGAAAAGUAGACCCCCAAAGGGACUCCGUGCACAGAGUAGAGCCACACUUAAUACUCGGUUCUUAAGCUCCGCUGGACAAGGACAGGCUAGAACAAUCCAGAAAGCUGAAGCCGUGGGUGGGUUGGACCAAAUGUAAAAGUCUUCCUUUUGGGGGCAAAGAAUCAACUUCAGAACGCCACGAGAGAAGCCCAAGAGUUCGUCUGGAAAACCCCAAACUUAGUGGACUUCAGGGUGCCUUUGGCGGCAGCCCAGGAAGCCAAUGCCUUUAACUCUGGGAUGGAGGGAUAGUGUCCGGAACUGGGGAGCUAUUUAGUCCUCCCGCCCUCUUCUCUGGUCAGACCCCAUUUGGGAAAUUUUAGGUUAUAGGAGUCGAAUUUUAGCAAAUGAUUAGAAGAGGAUAAAAAUACAGAUUGGCCGAGGAGCUCAAUUAGGACUCUGAAGAGCCUUGAGUUUGUGCUAUCCAAGGAUCAAUCAAAGUUUGGAGAAAAAAGACCCGAGGGGGACAUGACAACUGCCCUCAAGUAUUUGUGGGGCAUUCCUUAGACUAGUAUUUGGCCCCAGAGAGACAGAGCUAGAAGGAAUGGGUGUCACUUGCAAAGAGGCAGAUUUAGUUUUGAUUUAAGGGAAAACUUGUUAACAAUGAAAGCUGUGGUGCCAAAAGGGAAUGGGCUGCCUCCAUUCUUUGGGUUCUUUGUCACUGGAUAUCUCCAAGCAAAGGCUGGAUGACCACUGAGCAGGUUGGCGUCGACAGUGGGAGGCUGAGCCAUGCCGCCUCAAGAUCAGCCAGCAGCGAGCCCAACCCCUUUGUCCCAAGAGCUAUGAACAGCUGCAGGUACAACGGGAGUGUUGGGCAGCCCCCAGGUGCUCUCGGCUUUUCCCUCCACGAGCCUGAGAGCCAGCCCUUGCAGGCCCUGGGUGGCGGGGGCACCAGCCGGAGCUCGGGCCUGGAAGUGGUCGUGUCUAAAGGGGAGCAGGUGCGGGUAUCCCCGGCUAGCCUGCACGAUCGAGUGGAGGAGGCGGAGGAGGAGGAAGAAGAGGGAGACCACACUUCCCGGAGGGGCCCCCGGAAAACUCAGAACAUCGGCUACCGGCUAGGACACCGUCGGAUCCUCUUCGAGAAGCGCAAGCGGCUCAGUGACUACGCUCUUAUCUUUGGCAUGUUUGGCAUCGUGGUUAUGGUGACUGAGACGGAGCUGUCCUGGGGCGUCUACACCAAGGAAUCUUCAUAUUCAUUUACACUAAAAUGCCUUAUCAGCCUCUCCACUGUCAUCCUGCUGGGUCUCAUCAUCAUGUACCAUGCCCGGGAAAUCCAGCUGUUCAUGGUGGACAACGGGGCCGACGACUGGCGCAUCGCCAUGACGUACGAGCGCAUCUUCUUCAUCGCGCUGGAGCUGGCCGUGUGCGCGGUGCACCCCGUGCCCGGCCACUACCUGUUCACCUGGACGGCGCGGCUGGCUUUCACCUACACCACGUCGGUGGCGGACGCGGACGUGGAUGUCAUCCUCUCCAUCCCCAUGUUCCUGCGCCUCUACCUCAUCGGCCGGGUCAUGCUCCUCCACAGCAAGCUCUUCACGGACGCCUCGUCCCGGAGCAUCGGGGCCCUCAACAAGAUCCACUUCGACACCCGCUUCGUCAUGAAGACGCUCAUGACCAUCUGUCCCGGCACCGUCCUGCUCGUCUUCAGCAUCUCCUCCUGGAUCAUCGCCGCCUGGACCGUGCGCGUCUGCGAGAGGGAAAAAAUGUACCAUGACAAACAGGAGGUGACCAGCAGCUUCCUGGGGGCCAUGUGGCUGAUCUCUAUCACCUUUCUGUCCAUCGGCUACGGGGACAUGGUGCCCCACACCUACUGCGGGAAGGGCGUGUGUCUCCUCACGGGCAUCAUGGGUGCGGGCUGCACAGCCCUGGUGGUGGCCGUGGUGGCCCGGAAGCUGGAGCUCACCAAGGCUGAGAAGCACGUGCACAACUUCAUGAUGGACACUCAACUCACCAAGCGGGUCAAAAAUGCUGCCGCCAACGUACUCAGGGAAACGUGGCUCAUUUACAAACACACCAAGCUGGUGAGGAAGCCCGACCAUGCCCGAGUUCGGAAACACCAGCGUAAGUUCCUUCAGGCCAUCCAUCAGGCUCAGAAGCUGAGGAGUGUGAAGAUGGAACAAAGGAAGCUGAGUGAUCAGGCUAACACUCUGGUGGACUUGGCCAAGACCCAGAACAUCAUGUACGACAUGGUGGCUGAGCUCCAGGGGCGCAGCGAGGACCUGGAGAAGCGGAUCACGGCCCUGGAGACCAAGCUGGACACUCUGGGGGCCACCCUGCAGGCCCUGCCCGGCCUCAUCACCCAAGCCAUACGCCAGGUGCCGGCCGUGGCUGGGGACGGGGUCGCCGGGACCUCCCCCCGCCGGCGCCUGGCCCCGCUGGCCCCCGACAGCGGGUGAGCCUGGGCGGCGGGGGCAGGGAGACUUAACUCGGACCUUUUAUGUUUAGCCAUUGUGUGGCUGAUCUCAUUUGCUUUUUCUGUAAAGCCCUGUACAGUUAUCUCUCUUGGAGUUCAAGAUGCUGGAGCGGAGCCCGGCCUCCUUCAGCUGGGGCCCUGAGCCCUGGUGGCCCUCCUCUCCCGGUCUGGGUCCCCAGGGCUGAGGGUGGCGGCAACCCCGCUGCCUCCCUGCCUUCCCCUCCCCCCCCAGGGCCCCCUCCGAGGGCAGAGACUGGCCGCUGAGUCCCCCUGGAAACGGGGGCUCCGGAUGCCGGGCCCCCGGCGCCCCUGGCCAGCCUCAGAUGUCCGGAUCUGAGGGAGUCUCCGGGGCUCUUGUUCCCUGGGCCCCUGGGAACUGACUGGAGCCUCCUCAGAGUUGGGGUCCCCUCCUCCCGCCGCAGGGGUAAGGGGCUGGCCGCUUGCCCACUUCAGAGAGGCGGAAUCUGUCGGGGAGCUGAGCCUCCCUCUGUUCCUCCCGCCCCCAGCUCUGUGGGGUUGAGGCGGGCAGGGGGAGAGGAAUACGGUAUAUGGGCAGUGAGGGCAGGGAGGCUCAGGAAGCAGCAAGGAGAGCAUGGUGGAGAGCAAAGACCCGAGACCCCCGAGUUCUUACCCUUCCCCCCCAAGGCCCCUCUCGUCACUUCGCUAACACCUUUCUGACCCAGGGGGCUGACUCCCAAGAGGGCUGGGCCACAGAGUUAAAACUGUAUGGGGGUAUGGGGAGGUGGGGAAGGUUUCACUGCCAUUAGCUCCAGCCCAGGUUCCCGGGUCCCCCUUUGGCAGAACAUCCCAGCCAACCCUCUGGGCCUAUGAGAGGGGAAGGAGGCUCAGCAGUCCCUCUGAGGUGCUUGUUGCCACCAGUGGGAGCUGGCUAGACAUCCACCGGGGAGGGAAGGAGGCUGGUGGCUACUGGGUCCUUUCCCUGCCCCCAGGAGCCCCUCACACUCAGAGGCCAGGUCCCUGACUGGAGUAACUGAUCCAACACUGCUUAAGCGCCACUGUCUGCAGAGCUUUGUGGAAGCCCAUGGGGAGAUUUCGGGGAUCCAUGAGCUUAGAGGAGAAAAACGACAUCUUUAUUUUCAGUGAUCUUUACCAGAAAUUUAGGAUUUCCUUCAGUGGGGGCCCCGAGGCUUCAGCAGGCCAGCUGAGGGGUCCCCGGCACACAUACAAGACCAAGAACCCCUGGUGGGGUGGGGCAAGGGCCAGUGAUCCGAGGGGUAGCUGAGCUCCUCCCUGCUGGAGUCCCAAUGAUAACUAACCCAAGAGUGCAGAGAGGGGAGAGGUCUCUCCAAGGGCCUGGUCAGGCUUUCCGGAGGGGCCUCUGACUUGGGCUUUUUAAGAAAGGUCAGGUGUUCCAGACGUAAGGGGCUCCCCCAGCCCUGGGUCGGGGCAGGAGGGGACUGGUGGAGAUCUGCCCCGGAAAGGCUUUGGAUUGUGCUGGGGAGGUGCUAGCCCAGAGGCUUUCAAUCAGCCCAAAAUAUGGAUCUGGCGAUGGGCAAUUGCCCGGAUAGUCCAAGGUGGGGCCCUCUGGCCCUGCCUCUCAGAGCAGAAGGAGAAGGCCCUCCCUCGGGCCACGGAGCGCUGGGCACAAUUGGGGGCCCACCCGGUGUCUCCAGGGAGCACAAACAACAGGGCCUCGGCCCAAGCCAAGCCCGUGGUUCCAGGAUGCCCCACCGAGAACCUCUCCUCGAGGCCCAGUCUCCUCCACCACACCUUAGAGCAGGGGUUCCCCAACUUCUUGGUCUCAGGACCCUUUUGCACUCUUAAAAUUACUGAGGACUCCCUAAAGAGCUUUUGUUUAUCUGGGUCAUACCUACUGAUAUUUACUGUAUUAGAAAUUAAAAUGUCUUAGUAUUAUUAUAAAACUAGUUUUGAUCUUGCAGACCCCCCCUAAAACAGGCUCAGGAACCACUAGCACUCCCCAGGGUCCCUGGGCCACACUUUGAAGUCAACAAGCAUUUAUUAAGUGCCUACUGUGUACCAGGUACUGUGCUAAGUGCUGAGGACUUUUUCAAUUCCCCGGGGGCCUGGGAGUUUCCUCAGACUGGGAUCCGGGGUUACCUUUAGGCAAGGUCCACUUAUAGCCUAUUCCCUAGGGCUUGGGGUGUUGAGGUCACGGGAAAAUAGAUGAACUGGGAAGGCAGGUGGCUUUUGGCUCUCAUUGAAUACAAGCCCCUUGGCCCCCCGUGAUCCUGUCCGCCCACCCAUAGAGUAAGAGCGCUGGGCUGCCUCAUUCCUAGGUCCCCUUCUAGUAUGCUUCCCCCUGAAGUGGUCGUCUGUAAUCUGGCGUGGCCCUUCUAGACUUGGCCACAGGGGGGCGUGCGGAGAUCGAGCCACAACUUGAGCUGUCCCCCAGAAGGGACCUGGGGCUCCCUUGAGAGAGAGAAGGGCUUCCGGCUCCCCACAUGGCUCUGCGAGAACCGGGGGUGCUUCCCAGCUGCUGGGAGCCCGCCUUGACUUCCCCUCCACUCUGCUCUGCAGACUUCCCCCGAGCACUGCCUUCACCUCCCUCCACCCCUGAGACUUUGUAAUGGUGGGAACCCCCUCAUAGGCUCCCAUCUCCCUGGGGGCAGGGAUUGCCACACAGCUCUCCUCAUCUCCAACAUUCUUACAAAUAGUAGGGGGCUAAUAAAUGCUUGUUGCAAUUAAGAUAGAGGAAAAGAGCAAGACUUGUGGUCAAAGGGCCAGAGGAGGAGAGGAAGUUAAAAAGUGAAACAGAGAAAGGGAAGUCCACAUAACCUCCUCCCUCCCCCAGUCUUCAUUUAGAAUAAGCUGAAGGUGCUGCACACAGCAGGUGCUUAAUAAAUGUCUUGAAUUCCUUCGUUGGGGUGGAGUCCUUCACUCUGCUGUGUCUACUGAGUGCAGCAGCUUCAGGUUGGCCCCCAGCAGAGAGCUGGCUCCAUAGCUUAGUUUUCUGGGCACUGCUCAGCAAAGUCCCUUCGGGGUUCCCAAGCCUAGCCACCCCUUUAUCCCAGGGGUUAACCCUUAUGUCAUGGACCCCUCUGGCAGUGUGCUCAAGCCUAUGGAUCUCUUUUUAAAUGAAUAAAAUAAGAUCCAUAGGGUUAGAAAGGACGUGAAUUAUAUUGAAGUACAGUUACUAUUUUGAACAAGUUUGUGGACCAGGUUGAUGAGCCCCAAGAUCCUUCCUCUGUUGGAAAUCCCUUUUUUCAGCAGCUGCAGGGGGAGGGGGAGCAGCCUGUUGUUUGAAAUCCUGAGGAGCUGUUAUCAGGGACACCAAACUGAGGGCCCCAGACAGGAUGGGGGCCGUUAUCAGGCUGAGCCCAAGUUGGAGGGAGGCCUGGACACCUCAGAUAAGGCUUGUUUUCUUUUCCCCUAGGACAGAAAACAUAUAGCUACAGUUGGGGCCUCGAGGGAAACAAAUCCAGCUAGGUUCCCUUCUCCCUCCCAUCAGAAUCUGAAAGAUUAGUCGGGCCUUUAGAACAAAGAACAUUAGAGCUGGUGGUCUUAGAACAUGGAGUGUCAGCUGACAGGACCCUUAGAGCACAGACUGUCUGAGCCAGAAGACCUUUAGAACAUAGGGUAUCGGAGAAAGGACUUUGGCGCAAACAAUAGCAGAGCCAGGACGGACAGUAGGACAUAGCAUCAGAAUCUCAAAGGGACUUUCAGAUGCUGUGUAGUCCAGGCUCGGUCCCCACAGCAAUCCCUUCUGCAGUUUCCCCUACAGGAGGAACUCCAGCCUUCCUAACAGGGCAAGUUUCUAUGUAUGAAAGGGAGCCUGGGAAAAUGGGUAACUUCUCAAUAAUCAGAACUGUCCAAGUCAGGAAUGGCCUCUGGUGGCUCUUAUUAGGAAAUUUCUAUUUAGAUGGAACCAAAUCUGCCUCUCAUUUCUCUGAGACAUCAUGGAGACGUCUGUCAUAUCCCCACUGUCUUCCCCAUUCUCCCAGGGCAAAUAUCCUGUUUCUUUCAUCAUAAAAAUUGCUUUCUACGGCCCUCACUAUUCUCGUCACGUUCCCUAAUCUUAAAACAUCACACCCCAGGUUGAAUGCAAUAUUCCAGACAUGCUAUGUAUGACCAAGGCAGAGGGAUGACAGGAUCAUCACCCUCUUUGUUCUAGACAUGAUACUCCAUACAGUUGAAUUUAUUUUUUUCCCUUCAAGUCACGCUAUUUGUAUUAAGCCUGUGGUCCACUGAAACCCCCCAGAUCUUUCUCAGGCAAACUUUUCUCUAGCCACAAUUCCCUUAGCUUGUACUUGUGAAGUUUUUUUUUUUUCUUUUAAAUCCAGGGUUAUGUCUGUUCAACUGUAUUAGACGCAGCCUAUUGCUCUAGCUAAUUGAGAUCUUCAUUCACUGUGUCAGCUAUCUUCCCCAACUUCAUUAUCCAAGUCAAGAGCAUUAGACUUAGAAUCAGGGAGACCCAAAAUCCUGCUUCUGAAAAUAGCUGUGUGGCUGUGGGCAAGUCAAUUACCCUCAAUGAGUCUGUUUUCAUGUGUGAAAUGGAGCUAAUGCCUGUGCUACCUACCUCACAGGGUUGUUGUGAGGCUCCAAGGGAAUCAUGUGUGUGAAGUGCUUUGGAAACCUGAAA